CGCGCGCGUCACCGCUAUUUUGGACACUUUGGAUGGAGCUCAGAAGGAUGCGCACGAGGACGUGCCAGAUCUAUACUUGACACUACAGAAGCAUAAUUAUAUGUCUCAGAUCAUAUCCUAGCUGUUUUAGAAGGAUAUCACAGUUAGUUUAUCAUGGCUGGUCCUCAGAGCGGCUCAAACGUAACGCGCAAUUUCACAAAUCAGUUCGUGCAGCCGCCGUGGCGCGUCGCGAUUUGGUCGGUCGCGUACAGCUCCGUUCUGGCGGUCGCCGUGUUCGGAAACCUCAUCGUUAUUUGGAUAAUUUUGGCCCAUAAACGGAUGCGCACCGUGACCAACUAUUUCUUGCUCAACCUGGCGUUCUCCGACGCCUCGAUGGCCGCCUUCAACACGCUCAUCAACUUCAUUUACGCCACGCACGGAGAGUGGUACUUUGGAGAGGUUUACUGCAAGUUCCACAACUUCUUUCCCGUGACCGCAGUGUUUGCCAGCAUUUACUCCAUGACUGCGAUUGCUGUCGACAGGUACAUGGCUAUAAUUCACCCUCUGAAGCCCCGUCUGUCAGCUACCGCUACUAAAGUGGUGAUUGUCUGUAUUUGGGCCCUGGCGGUGAUUUUGGCCUUCCCGCUGUGUUUCUACUCGACCACGAGAACUAUGCCUCGCAGAACCGUCUGCUACGUCGCCUGGCCGAGACCUUCUGAGGAUUCGUUCAUGUAUCACAUCAUAGUAACAGUGCUGGUGUACAUGCUGCCCCUAGUGGUCAUGGGUAUCACGUACACUAUAGUCGGGGUGACACUUUGGGGAGGAGAGAUUCCUGGAGAUUCAUCGGACAAUUAUGUUGGACAACUGCGAGCCAAAAGGAAGGUGGUGAAGAUGAUGAUCGUGGUGGUGGUGACCUUUGCCCUCUGCUGGUUGCCCUAUCAUGUCUAUUUCAUCGUGACAGGCGUAAACAAGCGUCUGAACAAGUGGAAGUCCAUCCAGCAGGUGUAUCUGUCUGUGUUGUGGUUGGCCAUGAGCUCCACCAUGUACAACCCCAUCAUUUACUGCUGUCUGAAUGGCAGAUUUAGGGCCGGUUUCAAACGGGCCUUCAGGUGGUGUCCCUUCAUCCAGGUAUCCAGCUACGAUGAACUCGAGCUCCGUCCCACCCGUCUCCACCCACGCAACCAGAGCAGCAUGUGCACCCUGUCCCGCAUCGACACCAGCGUCCACGGCGACGACCCCCGCCACAGCAACCGCAAGAGCACCAAGUCCCUGCAGUGUCAGGUGGAGGUCAAAGACGAAAGCACAACAGCGACUAAACUCUGUCUUCACAGAGAGCCCACAUUCGCAACCGAGCAGCUCAGCUGAAGGGCCAGACCAGACGUGCAUCGGAUUGUGGUUCUGUUAGAGGUGCUCCAUUACAGACCUAAAACAAAGUGAAAACAUCCACAGGUUUUGUAUAAACAUGAUACUGUACAUUUCAGAUUGUGCAUUGAGACUAAAUGCACUCAAACCUGCAGCAUGAUGAAGUAAUACUGCCUCCAAGUGGAGAACUGUGAAUGUUUUCAGUGUAGUCUAGCAUGCUACUCAAUGCAUACUGCCUUCUUUUUCUUGAAAUACAACACAGCAUAGUACAUAUCAUGCAAUGAUAAACAUUUAAAACAUGAAAACACGGUAUGCUACACUACAGAUUCAUCACUUCAUCAUGUUGCAUGAUUAUCUAGGAAAAUUUUUGUUAAAAAAAUUGCUAAAAUCUGUCAGAUAAUGUUAAAAUUCAUGCUCGUGAUUCAUUUUUUUCAGUAGAAUUGGACUGUCGAGUGUGUCCUGCACAUUUUUACAGUUGUUUUCUUUGUAUUACAUGCACAUGUGCAUUCUGUGCAUUUUGAACAUAGCCAGCAUUUCUCCUUCUGUAUGAAAGUUUGAACUUUUGUAAGGGAGAUUGACUUCAAAAGUUGAACUGAAUGUAAAUUUUACUGUAAUAACACAUCUGAGCCAACAAACAUACAGUAUAGCCAGAUUUUAAACCUGUGCUGUCAGAAUGAAUCAGUGUCAGGAAAUAAGGAGAUAAAUGAUUUUAAAUAAUAGUGACAGAAAUAAUAAGCUUUGUUUGAAAUUCGUAAAACUUUUCUGGUGCACAAAGCUCUGGCUGUUUGGUAAAUACAAUCUAAUGAAUGUAUAUAAAACACUACAAUAAUUUAACUAUACAGUUUGUUUUUGUGUCAGUUGGUGCUGUAUUUAUGAUGUGCUGUAGAUGUUAACACCAGGAUAAAGUGCGUGGUUUGUAUUGU